GAUGGAUGUGUUGGAAGGUUCUGGAUCUGGUUGGUGUGUAAACUGUGGAAACUUGUCUGAUUGGGAAGACUGGGAAGUCCAGUCGCUCUUUAACCACACAGAGCUGGUGGUCAUCACAACGCUGUGCGUUCCGCUGCUGCUGCUCGGCCUGCUGGGAAACGCGCUGACGAUUCUGGUGGUGUGGCUCCGCCCACAAAUGAGAAGCACCACCUACCUGUACCUGAGCAGUAUGGCCGUGUCUGAUGUUCUCAUUUUGGUGUUGAUGCCUCUGGAUCUGUAUAAGCUGUGGCACUAUCGUCCGUGGCUGCUGGGAGAUGCGGUGUGUAAACUCUCGGUGUUCGUUGGAGAAUGUUGCACCUUCUCGUCCAUCCUGCACAUGACCGCGCUGGGGGCGGAGCGAUACCUGGCCGUUUGCUUUCCUCUCCGUGCGCGCUUGCUCGUCACCAGGGGGCGUGUCCGCAUGCUGAUCGCUGGACUGUGGGGCGUGGCCAUGCUUAGCGCAGGACCCGUGUUGGCGCUGGUGGGGGUGGAGCGUUUAGAAGACGGAGUCAGCGAAUGUCGCUGCACACAGUACGCCCAGACGUCCGGCCUUCUGAAAGCCAUGCUGUGGCUCUCUAAUCUCUAUUUCAUCUGUCCUCUCACCGUUCUGACCCUCCUCUACGGUCUGAUCGCUCGCCGCCUGCACAUGCGUGCGCAUGUCCACCGUGACAAAACGCACCGCCAGACUCUGCGCAUGAUGGUGGUUAUCGUGCUGGUUUUCAUCUUGUGUUGGCUGCCGUUUCAUGUGAGUCGUACGCUGUUUUCAGUGUCGGACUCCAGUGAUAAACUCUAUUAUAUCAGUCAGUAUUUUAAUCUGGUAUCUUUGGUGUUGUUUUAUGUGAGUGCUGCUGUGAAUCCACUGCUGUAUAACAUCAUGUCCGCCCGCUACCGUGCCAGUGUCCUCGCCCUGCUGCAGUUAACGGUGGGCUCCACGGAUGAGCUGCACCACCGGGCCAGAAACUCUCCGCUCACAGCCUCUCACUCCAGUACACACUUCUGACCCUGAAACACCAUCCACCUUCAUUUCGUUUCUUUCUGACAUGAGCCAGGUGUAUUGGCAACAGGUCUCAGGUCAGCUUCACUGACCAGUGAAGAACAUGAAGAUGGCCUAAGAGCUGAAGUGUUUAUAGUUACCCGACUAACACAAGCAAACUCUUUCUGUCCUAUCGAUAUGGAAGUGCACGAUAUGUAGCUGUAGGCUUUCCAUGGGUUGGCAUUCUGUUUUAUACAUCUGCAUUUGUAUACCCGACAUAUACAUAUCCAGCAGCGCUACAGUGCAUCAUGGAGUCCUUUGGUCAAUUUUAUUUAUUUUAUUUGAUGGGCUUUUUUUGUUGGAUAUUAAAUAAAGGUUUUUCUCUGUGUCAUU